GGUUAAACGCCGAUAAACGGGGCUUCUGGUACCGCUGACGGAGCCGGCGUGCCCCUCUGGGGGGGGGCAGGCAGGGUUCUGGCAUGUUACUUUACAUAAUCGUUAAACAUAGCUGUCCAGGCAUCGAUGAGGGAGGACCUGAAGGAAGCUAGAACCCGAUUUUUUUUUUCCUGUCAAGUGUAUUAACCAAGAAAAUAAUCAUCGCUACCGAGAAGGGGCAGCCGUUCUUUCGCCCUCCAGCAGGCAGAAAUACUUCUAAACGUACUACCCUAUGUGCAAUACACCUUUGUCCUCUUUCCUAACAAGAAAAAUAAAAAAAGAAUCAUUCCUAACAUAUUAAAGAAACAAUCAGUUUGUACUUCACCCAAAAUCUUGGUAACUUCCUCUUAAACACAAGGGAAAAAAAACUUUCUGUAAUUCUGCUGCUGUUGAUCCAUUUUCCACCACGUCUUUAUUUUGUGUUUGUAGAGCAUCUCCACUGUUCGGGGCACAUGCUCCGUGCCCCGUGCCCAGUGUUUGCGUUGACCCACGCCGUGCUGUUUCACCUGGCUGUGCACAGAGCUGCGUUAGUUACUGCGUGCUGUCACUUCUGCCCACAGCUCUGUUUGUUUUGGUUAAGUUUAUAUCCACUUGUUGAUUGUAGCGGCCAUAUAUGCAUCUGUCCAACCAUAUGUAACUCUCCUAAUGUGUUUCCCUGGCUACUUUUUUCCCAAAGUUGUCAAUUCUUGCUUCCAAAGCUGCCCUCAAACCCUUGAGAGAAGGUUGCCACUCUCAGUAUAAUUGCCCUGCCGCACGCAGCCUGUAGGAGAAUGCAGCAGGUGAGGCUGCACAAGUCCUGGUUUAGGCUGGCUGAGGUUGGUGCCACGUUUCACUGGUGCUUGCCCGAUGUUGCACGGGUUCCCAUUGAUGGAUGGAGCCACACACAUCACCCCCCGGCAUUCCUGCUUUGGGGGACAAAGUAGGAAUUUCCCAGGAGAGAGCAAAUCACUUGCACCUUUGUGAAUCGCAUUGCGUGUCAUGAAACAGCGGUCCUUGCCUGCGUGCAAGGUGUCAUUGCUGUCGUAGUUUGGGGUUAAGAGGUGUUACGGAUGCAAGGCAUGCAGAUAUUAGAGGAAAAUAACUGUGGAGAGGGAUCUACUGUUGCAUCUGUAUAUCUACUGUUAAGUUUUACAUGAAAGUCGUUUGCUUUUCAGAGUGUAAAAAAAUGGAUUUGGCCAACCAUGGACUUAUUCUGCUGCAGCAACUAAAUGCUCAGAGAGAGUUUGGUUUCCUGUGUGACUGCACGGUUGCAAUCGGUGAUGUCUACUUCAAGGCACACAAGUCAGUCCUUGCUUCUUUCUCCAACUACUUCAAGAUGCUCUUUGUUCAUCAAACCAGUGAAUGUGUCCGUUUGAAAGCGACUGACAUACAGCCAGAUAUCUUCAGUUAUCUCUUGCAUCUGAUGUACACCGGGAAGAUGGCACCACAACUCAUUGACCCAGUUCGACUAGAACAAGGAAUAAAGUUUCUGCAUGCGUAUCCGCUCAUUCAGGAGGCCAGCCUUGCGAGUCAGGGAACUUUUUCUCACCCGGAUCAAGUUUUUCCAUUAGCAUCUUCAUUAUAUGGCAUUCAGAUUGCAGAUCACCAGAUAAGACAUCCCACUAAGGUUACAUCAGCAACUGACAAACUCGGGCGAGAACCAAGGCCACAGACUUCACGGAUGACCCAAGAGCAGGUUUCGGAAGGCUCACAGCUCUCGCAGUUAGCUACAACUAUGCCACAAGUGACCCGGACAAAUAUGACCACUUCUGACCCCUUGCCAUCAUCUUUAUCCCCGGAAUUGGUAUCCGCUGCCGGUAAUAAUUCACCUGCAGGAGAAGAGGCCAACAUGGAAGCAUCUUCUUCGGAUGAACAGCCUACUUCGCUCACAAUAGCACACGUCAAGCCAAGCAUUAUGAAAAGGAACGGGAGCUUCCCAAAAUACUAUGCCUGCCACCUCUGCGGUCGACGGUUCAACUUGCGCAGUAGUUUGCGUGAGCACCUGCAGAUCCACACAGGAGUUCCCUUCACAUCGAGCCAGCAGGGAGAAAGUAAUAUUUCUUUGUCUCUCUGUAACAACACAGCUGAAAAAGAUGCCAUGGAAGUGCCUGAAGCCGGGAUGAUUAGUGACAGUGAGCUGCAGCAGAUCUCAGACUCUCCAAUAAUUGAUGGGCAGCAGCAAUCAGAGACACCGCCCCCCUCGGAUAUUGCAGACAUAGACAACUUGGAGCAGGCAGAUCAAGAGAGGGAAGUAAAAAGACGGAAAUAUGAAUGUUCCAUCUGUGGGCGCAAAUUUAUUCAGAAAAGCCACUGGAGGGAGCACAUGUACAUACACACUGGCAAACCCUUCAAGUGCAGCACUUGUGACAAAAGCUUUUGUAGGGCUAACCAGGCUGCCAGACAUGUGUGCCUAAACCAGAGCAUGGACACGUACACGAUGGUGGACAAACAGACUCUGGAACUCUGUACUUUUGAGGAAGGCAGUCAAAUGGACAACAUGCUAGUACAGACCAACAAGCCCUACAAAUGUAACUUGUGUGACAAAACAUUUUCAACUCCCAAUGAAGUAGUCAAACAUUCGUGCCAAAAUCAAAACUCUGUCUUUACGCUAGAAGAAGAUCGCUCCAUUCUGCUAGGUGGUGGGGACACAGAAGCCACAGAGACUGAUAACGCAGUGUUAGCCUCCAUCAAAAAGGAGCAGGAAGCAGUGUUGUUAGACUGAAUGUGAAACCUAUAUCAAUUUUUUAAAGUUUCUUUACUCAUUUUUAUUAAAUCAACCCUCCCUCCCCCCCCCACCCCGCCACCUCACUUACCCCUGCCAUCUUUUCCACCAGCCUCCUUCCCACCCUUUGUCUUCAGCAACCAGAACUGUACUGGCACAUUAGGAAAUGCGACGUUGCCUCUCCCACCGAAACAAACAAAAAGCUCUCGCGUCGAACCGCAACAUAAUUGAUUUUAAUACAAAGGAACAUGUGAAAAAUAAUCCAGCUAACUAAGUCGAUAGUAUUAGUUAAUCCAAAUUUAAUAGAUUUUAAACAAAAUUUAGAUUGCUUAAAAGUGUAUUUAGAUACGAUGAUGAACGUAAUGAGAAACAGAGUAUCAGUUUGGUAAGCAAAGAGUAUAUAUAUAUAGUUUCCCUGGUAAAAGGCAUUUUGAGAAAAUCUGGCAAAUUUAACACCAUGCUUUCUAGAACUCCACAUGCAAGUUGAUUAAGAUUAUAACUUGAAACCCUCAGACUUUUUUCUCGAUGAAUGCAAAAAUUGUUCAUUGAGUUAAAAAUCGCUGCAGGUACUGGGUUUCUUUUAGCCUUACGUUUUCCUUCAAGUAUGCCUUUGGGUAUCUGUUUCAGGUAGCAUGAUUGAUUCAAGCAAAGGAGUUACAAAGUCACAUUUUGACUUAAGUAGCUGAAAUAAUAAUGUGAUGGCAAUCUUUAUAUAUAUAUAUAUAAAAAAGUACUGUAUAUGUAUAAAGAUUUAUAUAUAUAUGGAAAGUGUUUGUGUGUAUAUUUGAUACAGGUAAAUAAAUGCACACAUCCUUUUUAAGCAACUGGCCGUCUGCUCUCAGAUUCAGCCCAGAAAGUAUUUUAGUUGUUUGACAAAACUAGUUAUUGCACAGGUUAUUUUGAAUCAAAUUUAAAAUGUCCUCAGCUGUGUGCAUUUUUAUUCGCCUGUAGAACAGAAGCUGUUAGGUAAGUGUUGUCACCCAAGAUGCAAAGGAAACUGGAGAAGUGACAUCCUGGUGAGCACAGUACCAUCAUCGGUGCAGCAAGUGCAUGUGUUGUUAGCUAUAGUUUCGAGUCAUUCUGGAUGAAAGGAGAGGGAAAAACUGUAUUUAUUGCCUUACUCAGGCAAGGAAUGCCCGUGGUUUCAUUUGGUCUAAUUGCAUGAGUUAAGAUGAAGAAAAAGUGGUGCAGAGCCAUUCUAGCAACAGGGGAUCAUGGUUGUUUUAAAGCGAAUCUGUAGUGUCGACUGGCAAAUUCUGCUCUUUGAGAGUCCCUUUAUUUUCAAAGCCAAGACAAAGUCUGCAAAAACUGAAAGGAUGAAUUCUGUAGUUUUAGUUACUGCUGAUGAUAGCACUGCAUCUUUGUGUUAAAAAUCAAGUUGUUGAUUCUUAUUAUUUUAUAUUAAAGUGCCCGGAUUUUUUGCUGGUAGCCUCAAAACCUAAACUGACAGCAAGAAGGAAGCCCGCCUAGCAAUUACUGGGCAGCCUUCUGGCGUAAAGGACAGAAUUAAGUGCCCCAUCGUAAAUGGAGACACUGGGUGUUCGGGGGGGAGGGGUGGGAGAGGGCAAGUCACAAACCACAGCUCUUCUCUGUGUAUGCAUUUAAACUGAAUAUCAUCUUUUUGUGUAUAGUUAAGUUCUCAGAUUUGUAAGUUUUUAUACAUCAUUUCAUUGAAUAAAAACUGAAUUAAAUGGGAUAUGAUUUAUUGAGUUGCAGGUGAAAGGUUGUUGGUUCUUUCGAUCUUGCUGAAAGAAUUCGUACUGAAUUGGUUUAAAAGCCAAGCAAUGUAUUCUGUAUAUCAGACUAAAACCUCCUUCAUGCAUAUGAACAAAUAGCUUACUAAAGCCUAAAACAGUGAAUUUAGCACAAAGGGUCCCUACCUAUUCAUAUCUCAAGUAUUUUAUUAUAAUGUGACAAUCAUUGUAAAGUUUAUUGUAAGUGGCGUUGAGUUUAUUAUGUCUUCUAUUAGCCUAGUAGGUCUAAAAUCAUUUGAUUUUACAUCAAGGUAUAAAAGUAUUUUGAGGUAAAAAUACAACAUCUUACAGAAUUAUUUUAGUGUUGCCCAUUUUAAAACUUUUUUUAGGAUCUUUAUCUACCAAUGUAAUUUCUUUAAAUGUGUUCUUUAUUUCAUCUCACUUACUCUGAAAUACUCUCAGAGCAGGGGGGGAGGGAGGGAAAGAGUAAAUCUUUCCUUAUUGAGGAUAUGGUCAGGGUUUUGAGGUAGCUGUGGUUUAUGGGAUAGUCACAAGUUCAUUUCCAAAAUGACUACUACUGCUGAGUGUUGCCACUUCAGCUGUUAGUUAAUACAUAUUCAGAUGAUCUUUCAAGAGCUCCAGGUCAGCUCCUAUGCAAAGUACAAGGGUUUAGCUCAACUCCCCCAGGGGCAAGUUGUAGCAGGAAUAGAUGCACGGCCACACCAUUUUUUGAGACGUUCAUCAGCCCCCGGUCCUUAGCUUAUUCCUGCUCUCGCCUCUCUUUUUCUGUCAUUUGGAGAACAUGACGUUUGCUUGGUUACAUGUCAAAUGGCCCCAACGAACUGGUCUGGAAAUACUGAGUCUGAAAAAAAAAAAAAAAAAAAGGCUGUUUUUUCUGUCAAAUCCCAUUUGAGCUCUGCAGCGGGUUUCAGAUGGCUCAUGGGUUGUGCAAGGGCAGAAAUGAGCAGGGAGGAGGAGCACCAAAACCAGCAGUGCUGCUGGCAAUGUGCGGGGUGAGGAGGACAGGGUGGGCAGUGUCCCCACCAGCCGGGGCCCUGCCAGAAAGGUGACGUGGGGCAGGGAGCUGCCAGGGCAAGAAGCUGGCAGUGACAGCCCUGCUGCUGCAAGCCGCGGGAAGCUGCAGGCUCAGCAGAGAGCUUUCACCUGUUACUAUCUGUUCUUAAGAAACAACGCUGUCUGGUAAAGAGAAAAAAAAAUCACAAUAAAGAGA